ACUCCAUCGAGUUUCAUUCUGACCACCUCUUGCUUCUUACUUCAUACACGUUCCUUCACUCUUCUCCCGCCUGUUACAAAGCUGGAGGGCUCCAUACCUUUUCGUCUGAAUCAGCAGGAUUGCUGAUUUCCUUGAUCGCAACGGAAUUUGGCUGCCUGGACGGCUAGCCAUACUGUUGAGCUUACCUAGGUCGAUUCUCCAUCCGCCUCCGCAUUUCACGUUUCGGCUUGGACGGCAACACGAUAGAUAUUUGGGAAUAGACAGGAAUCCUUUCUGCGUCUUUUCUCACUCCGCAGACAAAUACACAUCCCGAUACCUCAGGCGACAAUGUUUAACCGCAACAACUUUCCAUUCGGUGGCCGGCCAGACGCCGGUCGCGCUCCCCCGCAGAACCCUUACGGACAGGCGCCUGGGGACGCACGAUAUGAACCGGUUCCGAGAGGAGGAUAUGGGGCUCCGCAACCUCCCGCAGCAAGACAGCUGCCAGCGCGCCCACCUGUUGGCAGGCCACAGAGCGGCGCAGUUUGGACGCUGCGGCCAGCUAAGAGCCCGGAUAAUACAUAUACCUUUGGGAACUUAGUGGCCGUUUCCGCACAGGAGUUUCCUCCCUCCCGAGAUGGUAGUGACCUUUUGCUGCUCGUCAACGACCUCUACGUCUUUUCUGCGCGCCCGCUCGAUGGGUUUCCGCCUGGACAGAUUAGUAUGUCCGAUCCACAGCGCACAUGGGCUGGGGUCGCUUUCACGGACACCGUCAAGGUGCAGUUGUACGACCCUUUCAGCCAAGGCGGGCAGGCCUACCUUGGCUCGACCGAUAUUGAAGUUGGGUUCGCUGGAAAGAAGAGAGUCGAGACUCCAUACGACCAGGAUGAGUUGGCAAGCGUUGUGAUCAAGAACUUUGAAAACCAAAUAUUCGCUCCCGGCCAGAAGAUCCUGAUGGAUCACAAGAGCAUACCUCUUAUACUGACCGUGAAGACGGUCCAGCUGAUGGAUUUGACAGCUGAAAAGCCCGGUACUUCGAAUGCCGCCGUGACCACUGAACCUACAGCACGGGGAAUCCUUACACGCCAUACUCUAAUUAAUUUCUUCAAGGAUGCUAGGACUGGUAUAAACUUGAAAGCUUCCAACCGGAGACCGGCAGCGAACUCCAUCAUUCAGCCGGACUUCAAGUUUGAGGAUAUGGGUAUUGGUGGUCUGGAUUCCGAAUUCAGUACCAUCUUCCGUCGUGCAUUUGCCUCUCGUAUCUUCCCCCCGGGCCUAAUCGAAAAACUGGGCAUUCAGCAUGUCAAGGGUAUCCUGCUAUACGGGCCUCCCGGAACUGGUAAAACAUUGAUUGCUCGUCAAAUCGGAAAGAUGUUGAACGCUCGGGAACCUAAGGUGAUCAACGGUCCUGAAGUGCUCAACAAGUAUGUCGGUCAGUCGGAGGAGAACAUCAGAAAGCUCUUCGCAGAUGCAGAAAAAGAAUACAAGGAGAAAGGCGAUGAGAGUGGAUUGCACAUCAUCAUCUUUGAUGAACUUGAUGCUGUCUGCAAGCAGCGAGGCAGCGGAGCAGGCGGUGGUACGGGAGUUGGUGACAGCGUGGUGAACCAGCUGCUUUCCAAGCUCGAUGGUGUCGAUCAGCUCAACAACAUUCUUCUUAUUGGUAUGACCAACAGGAUGGAUAUGAUUGAUGAUGCUCUGCUGCGUCCUGGCCGUCUCGAAGUACACAUGGAGAUCUCCCUUCCAGAUGAGAAGGGUCGAGUCCAGAUCUUGAAGAUUCACACUCAGAGGAUGAGAACUAACAAUGUGAUGGACUCGGAUGUCGAUCUCGAGGAGUUGGCACAUCUGACGAAGAACUUCUCUGGUGCUGAAAUUGGUGGUCUUGUGAAGUCUGCGUCUUCGUUCGCUUUCAGCAGACAUGUUAAGGUCGGUACGAUGGCUGGUAUCAGCGACGACAUCGUCAAUAUGAAGGUGAAUCGAGCCGAUUUCCUCCAUGCUCUUGACGAAGUCAAGCCAGCAUUCGGUGUCUCCGAGGAGGAGCUUGCGACGUGCAUCCAGUAUGGCAUUAUUCAUUUCUCGCCAACCAUCAAUGAGAUCCUGAAGGAAGGACAACUGUUCGUGAAGCAAGUGAGCCAGGCCAAGUCCACCCCUCUGUUCUCUGUGUUAUUGCACGGCCCUCCGGCCAGUGGAAAGACAGCACUGGCGGCGAAGAUUGCUCUGGACUCUGGCUUUCCUUUCAUCAAGCUCAUCAGUCCCGAGGACAUGGUCGGCUUUAGUGAAGGUGCCAAGGUUCAGCAUAUCAGUAAGGUGUUCAAUGACGCCUACAAGAGUCCUACUAGUGUCGUCGUCGUGGACAACAUUGAGAGGAUUAUUGAUUGGGUUCCCAUUGGCCCUCGCUUCAGCAAUACGGUCUUGCAAACAGUCAUGGUAUUCUUGAGGAAGCAGCCUGCCAAGGGACGUCGCCUCUUGAUCCUAGCCACCACUACAGAACGUGCGGUACUGAAGCAGCUUGACCUUUACAAUUCGUUCAACUCUGAUAUUAUGGUCCCCACCGUCAACACCCCCGACGAGCUGAAAUAUGUCCUCGAACAGUCUGGAUCUUUCAACCCUCAGGAAGUGCAACAAUCCAUCGAAGGGAUCGCUGGCAUUUCCGAAGAGACUAGGAUCGGAGUCGGUGUCAAGCGGGUACUGCUCGGUAUCGAGACGGCCAAGCAGGAUCCAGACAAGGUGGGACGUUUUACUCGCGUUAUCACCCGGGCUAUUGAUGAGGAGAAUAUGUUUCAAUAAAUGUAUAUACGUGUGACAGUGUUCUGUGGCUAUGAUGCAUGAUAUAUCAGUGUGAUAUAGUUUCUAAUAUCUUUCCCUCCCAUCUUUUGGAGUAACAGGGGAGGAGAAGCCAGGUUGUUAAGAUACGCCUUUAAUGUAUGCAGUGUGAUCUGUGAGUUAGAUAGAUAUUUUACUUAUCAGCACGUGACUUUUACCGAUAAGAA